UCAUGGACUACAAUAUUAAUAAUCGUAUCCAACAAUUGAAUCCACACUAUAUGAUGCUCUUAUUAAAACAGUAAUUUUGAAUAAUAUCAAGGAAUUUAGUUUCUGAAUUAAAUGCAGAUAGUAUUAAAAAAAUAGGAGUAAGUAGAGGAGCAAGAACAGAUCGAGGUGUACAUGCAUUAUGUAAUUAUGUUUCUUUGAAAUUGCAAAUUGAUUAAAAAUAUUGUUAAUCUAUGACUAAUAAUAAAUUAGUUGAUAAAUGGAAUAUUAAUUGGGAUCUUUUGAUUAAUGAAUUAAAUUCAUAAUUGCCAACUGAUAUUAGAGUUAAUGGUAUUAAACAUGUAACUCAAUCUUUUAAUGUAAAAAAUUAAGCAGAUUAAAGAAUGUAUAAUUAUAUUUCACCUUAAUUUUCCACUGUGAAUGAUAUUUAGAAAAUAUGUUAAUAAUAUAUAGGAACACAUAACUUUCAUAAUUACACUUCAAAAAAAGAAUAUAAUGAUCCAUCAUCAAAAAGAUUUAUAUAGGAAUUUAAUGUUUAAACACUCAAUUUUCAUAAUGAGAAUUAUCUAAAGUUCACUAUUCUUGGAAAUAGUUUUAUGUAUCAUUAAAUUAGAAAAAUGAUAGGAACUAUUUAUUAAAUCAUAUAAGAGAAAAAAGAUUUAUAAUUCAUUCAGGACACUUUCACUUAAUAAAAGCAUUCUCUUUAUAUUGCUCCAUAAUAAGGAUUGUAUUUAAAAGAAAUCAAAUUCACAGGAUAUAAUAUGAAGAAAGAUAUCCCAUAGAAAUUAGAAAUAGAUUUCAAAUAAUAGAAAUUAAUUGAUUCAUUUGAAGAUGAACUCAUCAAAUAUAUAUGUGAACAGUAUGAAUCUUAAAACAUUUUUGAAGAAUGGUAUAAAGAGAUAUAACAAUAUAAACAAUGACCAAAUAUAUAAUUAUUUAUAUAAUCAUAAUGGAUUAACAUCAUUCUAAAUCUUUUGGAGCUUUCAAUUAGUUGAACUGUCAACUUUUUAAACCAAAACCUCUUUCUUUUAGACUUCAAAUAGGUAAAUUAUCUCAUUAAUUUCAAAGGUCCAAUACCUACUGAAACACCUCGAGUCCUCAAAUAAGCUCUCAUCACUCCUUCAACUAAUGAUAAUGAUUCAAAGUAUCACUUUUCAUAAUUUAGUCAUUCACCCUCUCCAUAAUUACGAGCCUUCAAAUCCUACAGAGUUUCCACUGAAAUGUUAAUUGGAUCUCCAAUUGAUUAGAUAUAGUUAAUUAUUAGAGAAAAUGAGAACUUGAAAAAAUCCUUGAACUAAAAAUAAAAGAUUAUUGAUACUUUGACUCGAUCAUAGAAAACAAAAACUCGAUUAGAUUUCAAUGACUUAAAAAAGAAUUCAAGGUCACAUAUUUAACCUCAAAGCUAACAGGAAGCCAUCAAACCUAAGUUAAUAGAAGUAAAGUAAUCUAUCUCUCAAAAUUACAAUAAACGCACCAAGUUACCAAAAAUUGAAGACUCUAUCUAAAAAGAAGAUGAUUGUAACUUCACAUUCGCUAAGAAUUUUUUCAAUAGUAAUGCUACUUGUCAAAAUCAAAAGAUUAAUUUUAAAUAAGUAUUUGCCUAAUCUCAUUUGAAGAAGAAAUUUUUCACUUGA